AUGGCGGCGACCUCGCCGGCGCCGAUGAGGGCUGUCGGCGUCGCCGGCUCCGCGUUUAGCUUAGCCCCUUCACCCUCGAGGCUCGGCCGUGUCUCCACCGUGCCUUCCGGCCGCCUUCGUCGGUGCCGUGCCGCUCACCGGCGGCACCCUCCUCGAUGCCGCGGGAAGCCGACCGUCGGUGGCGUGGUCGAGGAGGACGAGGAGAGGGAGGCUUCACGGGAGGAUUUGAAGCCCGAGAGGAAGGAGGAGGAGGCUGUGGACACAGUGCGCGCUGUCCUGGGGCGGUUCAGCCUUGACGAGGUUGGGAUGGACAUCCUUGGCAUCGCCUUGCCCGCUGUGCUUGCCCUCGCCGCCGACCCCAUUACUGCGCUCGUUGAUACUGCCUUCGUCGGCCAUAUCGGCUCGGUUGAACUUGCUGCUGUUGGCGUAUCCAUAUCUGUCUUUAACCUGGUCUCCAAGCUGUUUAAUGUGCCACUGCUCAAUGUCACUACAUCCUUUGUUGCUGAGCAGCAAGCGAUGGAUGCAAAUUCUAGCAGUGUAGGACAAAGAGACGAAGUGCCAAUCACCCGAGAGAAGGCAAGUGAAAAAAGGAAGUUUCUCCCGGCCGUGUCAACGUCCUUGGCUCUGGCUGCUGGCAUUGGGUUGAUGGAAAUGGUGGGACUCAUUGUUGGAUGUGGGACACUGAUGGACAUCGUUGGUAUACCUGUCGAUUCACCGAUGCGAGUGCCGGCAGAGCAAUUUCUUACUUUAAGGGCAUAUGGUGCUCCGCCAGUCGUGGUAGCACUUGCAGCACAAGGUGCAUUUCGUGGAUUCAUGGAUACAAAAACACCUCUGUAUGCUGUGGUUGCUGGCAACCUCGUAAAUGCAGUACUGGAUGCCAUAUUUAUUUUUCCACUUGGUCUAGGAGUAAGUGGUGCUGCAUUGGCAACUGUGACUUCUGAGUACUUGGCAGCGUUUAUCCUCUUAUGGAAGCUGAAUAACGAACUAGUCCUCUUCUCAUGGAACAUCAUCGGUGGCGACAUCAUCCGCUACCUAAAAUCUGGUGCACUGCUAAUUGGCAGAACCAUCGCAGUAAUCCUGCCAUUGUGGCUGUCUACAUCAUUGGCUGCAAGGCAAGGGCCUGUUCCAAUGGCUGGCUAUGAGAUAAGCUUGCAAGUCUGGUUAACAAUUUCUCUGCUUAAUGAUGCUCUCGCUCUUGCUGGUCAGGCUCUACUUGCAAGUGAAUAUGCGAAAGGGAACUACAAGCAAGCCCGCACAGUUUUGUAUAGAGUUCUGCAGAUUGGAGGUGUAACUGGUGUUGCACUUGCUGGAACCUUGUUCCUUGGGUUCGGAUCUUUGUCCUUGUUGUUUACAGAUGAUCCAGCAGUGCUAGAUAUUGCACGGUCUGGGGUCUGGUUUGUCACUAUUUCCCAGCCGAUAAAUGCUAUUGCUUUUGUGUUCGAUGGGCUCUACUAUGGUGUUUCUGACUUUGCAUACGCCGCAUACUCCACGCUCUUCGCGGGGGUUGUCUCAUCAGCAUUCCUCCUUGCCGUUGCUCCCAAGUUUGGUCUCGGUGGUGUCUGGGCUGGUCUUAUUCUGUUUAUGGGACUGCGAGCAAUUGCCGGGUUUUGGAGGUUAGGGAGCAAAGGAGGACCUUGGAAAAUAGUUUGGUCAGAGACUGAUUACAGCAACAAACUUAAGCUGGAGUCAUCGCGUGUAAGUUGUAACACAACACGAGCAGAGGAGCUGUCUGAGCCAGCUUCCUCAGAUCCAAAUCGCGCGCGAGAAACACACACAGAUCUCGCCAUGGCCUCCGCUGCUCCUCCCCUCCUCCCCACCUCCGUCCCGGCCGCCGCCCCCGCCACCGUCCUCUCCGCCGCUCCCGACGCCGCCACCUCCAUCGCCUCCCCGGACCCUGCCGCCACGCGCGCCUUCCUGGGCCGCGUCUACGACUCCGCCAAGCGCUCCCUCUCGGGCGCCCGCCCCUGGCCGGAGCUCCUGGACCGCGCCGCGCUCUCCCGCCCGGACUCCCUCUCCGACGCCACCGCGCGCCUCCGCAAGAACCUCGCCUACUUCCGCGUCAACUACGCCGCGCUCGUCGCGCUCUCGCUCGCCGUGGCGCUCCUCGCCCACCCCUUCUCCCUCGCCGCCCUCCUCGCGCUCCUCGCCGCCUGGUGCUUCCUCUACCUGCUCCGCCCCAGCGACGCCGCCCCGCUCGUCGCCUUCGGACGCACCUUCUCCGACAGGGAGACGCUGGGGGGCCUCAUCGCCGCCUCCGUCUUCAUCGUCUUCCUCACCUCCGUCGGCGGGAUCAUCUUCUCCGCGCUCGCCCUCGGCGCGGCCAUCGUCUGCGCGCACGGGGCAUUCCGCGUGCCAGAGGACCUCUUCCUCGACGAGGUGCCCGACCAGGGCCUCGGAGGAGGCGGCGCCACCCUCAACCUGCUCUCCUUCAUCAACGGCGCCACCGGAGGACGCGUCUGAGUCCACCUCUCCGCUCUGCUCUGCUCUGCUCUGCUCCUCCGAAGAGACGAGUCCUCGUUGGCUUGUUUCAGAUCGUCACAUGUACUACAAGGAGAAGAAGAUUAGGAGAGGAUGAAUUCAUGUUAUACAACAGAUACAGUAUUAUACACAUAAGAAACGAACCCUGCCUGCUGGAUCUAGUUUUGUUUCAUUUUUUUGCAUUUCAUAUUGCUGUAUGGUGACAAGGUUGAGCUUAUUACUAGUAUUGAGAUUCUUAUGAUAAAUCUCGAAAACAAAUUUUCA